AUGGCACGAUCUAUUCACAAGACUGACUUUGGGUACUUCUUGGCCAUUAUGGCCCCUAAUGCAGAGCGAGAUCAGUUGCGAACGAUGUGUGAUUGGGGAAACUGGGUUUUUCCUUUUGAUGAUGCUUUCGACAAUGGAGAGUUGAAAGUAGAUCUGGAUGGUGUGAAAAGAAUGAUGGACGAGCUUUUGGCCGUCAUGACAAACGAAGGAGUCUUUAGACCGAGAGCUCCUAUUGUUAUUGCGUUCAAGUCCAUCUGGGAUAGACUAUCCGAGGUGAGAACCCGUCGUCGGUUUGCUAAUUCAAUGCGAGACUAUUCCGAAGCGUGUAUUCAGCAGGUCAUCAUGCAAUCCAAAUUCCAAGGCAGUGAAACACUGUCAGUCGAAGAAUUUAUCGUAAUGAGACGUGGAAGUAUUGCGACGACGCCUCUAUAUGCGCUAUUUGAAUAUGCCAAUGGAUUGAACAUUCCAGAUGAAGUGUUUGAGAGUUCAUCCAUCAAAAAGCUGGAAAGAGUCAGCACUGAAGUGACGGUCAUCCAAAAUGACAUCGUUUCCUAUCGGAAGGAGCAAAUCCUCGAUGAAAGCAGCAACUUGAUCAAAAUAUAUCUCCGGCAAGGCUUCUCAGUUCAAGCUGCUUUCGACGAAGCUGGAAAGCUACUGGCUGCAUGCUAUCGUGAUUGGUAUUUGACACUAGCUGAUUUACCCAGCUGGGGCGAAGAUGUCGAUGCACAGGUUCAGACGUAUAUUGAUGGCCUCCAAAAUACUGUUCUGGCUGAUAUCCACUGGAGUUUCCGAGCGGAACGUUAUUGGAAAUCAAAUGCGGAAAUACAGAAGGAUAGAACGAUUGAGGUUGUCUGA